AUGAUGUUCACGGUCAGCAACCGCAACGCAGCCUCAGGCACCUUCAGGCCCUACCUGUUGGGAUCCCUUAUGCUCACAGGUGCAAUCUUCCUGUCAUCAGCAGUUCUCUUCGCCGAGGCCAUUGAGCCCUCAGCGACACCACCAGCAGCACAGCAACAGCAACAGCAACAAGAACAGCAGCGCUGCGCAGCCGAUUGUCACCGCCAUAUCAACGUCUGCGUUGGCAAGAGCGUUGACGCCCCGCGAACCGAUGGCUUUGUUGCAUGUGUGGAGGCACACGUCCACCACACUGAAGGUGCAUUGGGCGCAUUCAAUGCCUGCAUUGAUGCCUGCGGGGACGACAGUACCAACGCGACAUCUCCAACCCUCGAAGCACUGCAGUGCUGGACGAGGUGUGCUUUUUUCACGGCCGACAUUGACUGCCAGUCGGAUCAGUAUGACGGCUUGAAGUCAGUACGCCAACAACAACAACAACAACAACAACAACAACAACAACAACAACAACAACAACAACAACAACAACAACAACAACAACAACAACAACAACAACAACAACAACAAGUACGCCAACAACAACAACAACAAGUACGCCAACAACAACAACAACAACAACAACAACAACAACAACAAGUACGCCAACAACAACAACAAGUACGCCAACAACAACAACAGCAGCAGCAGCAGCAACGCCUUUGCCCGGCGAUACGUGCAUUCGGGAGCGCCACUAUUGCUGGUGCCUUCUAUGGCCGGCUUGAUGACGGCGUGUGCCCCUACAGCAACCACGAUCUUACCACCUGCUACCUGAGCGUGCUGAACAUUCUGGCACCAAAGUGCGACGGUCAUUCCACAUGCAACGUUGCAGCCUGCAACAGCGCGUACACAGACCCAUGCUAUGGCACGUACAACUGCGGGCCUCACCACGUCAUCAAGAUUGCCAAUGCAUUCUACGGAAGGCUGGACAACAGCGUGUGCCCGGACCCGCUCGCCCGCGCCAACAGCACAGACCUCGCAACGUGCCAGGUCAACGGCACAGCCGUCAUGCGCGGGGUGUGCGAUGGACAGUCUGCGUGUGAGGUGGCGGCGUGCAACGCCGUGUUCACGGACCCGUGCGUGGGCACCUACAAGUAUGUUGAAGUCAGCUACCAGUGUGCUGACCCCGCACACGCCGCUGAUCCCAUCACCUGCGAUUACACAGACGCAUCCACGACGAUUUCCGCCACACCCACAGGCACCACUUCAUCCUCUCCGCCUUAA